GCGGGAUGGCGGGCGGCGCGGCGGGCGAGGCGCAGUGCCUCAGCUACACGGGAUGCAACUUCCUGCGGCAGCGCCUGGUGCUGGCCACGCUCAGCGGCCGCCCGCUGAAGAUCCGCAAGAUCCGUGCCAAGGAGGAGGAUCCCGGCCUCCGCGAUUUUGAAGCAAGUUUUAUUCGCCUGAUUGACAAAGUGACCAAUGGCUCACGGAUUGAAAUAAACCAAACAGGUACGACCUUGUACUAUCAGCCUGGUCUUCUCUACGGAGGCUCCUUGGAACAUGACUGCAGCCCCAGCCGUGGUAUUGGCUACUACUUGGAAAGUCUGCUCUGCUUGGCACCUUUCAUGAAGCAUCCAUUGAAGAUUGUUUUGAGGGGAGUGACAAAUGAUCAAGUAGAUCCCUCGGUUGAUGUCCUUAAGGCAACAGCUCUACCCCUUCUGAAGAAGUUUGGAAUUGAUGGUGAAAGUCUGGAAAUCAAGAUCAACCGAAGAGGAAUGCCUCCCAAAGGGGGUGGAGAGAUACUGUUUUCUUGCCCAGUGAGAAAGGUCUUGCAGCCUGUUCAGUUCACAGACCCUGGAAAAAUCAAGCGCAUCAGAGGAACUGCAUACUCUGUCCGAGUGUCACCACAGAUGGCAAAUAGAAUGGUGGAAUCUGCAAGGGGCAUUCUGAAUAAAUUCCUCCCAGACAUCUAUAUCUACACAGACCAUAUGAAGGGGGUCAACUCUGGAAAAUCACCAGGUUUUGGCAUGUGCCUUACUGCAGAAACCAUCAAUGGCACUAUUCUCAGUGCUGAGCUAGCCUCAAAUCCUCAGGGCCAGGGAGCAGCUGUGCUUCCUGAGGAACUGGGCCAGAAUUGUGCUAAGCUGCUGCUUGAGGAGGUCUACAGAGGAGGCUGUGUAGAUUCAACAAAUCAGAGCCUUGCUCUGCUCCUUAUGACCCUUGGACAGCGGGAUGUUUCCAAAGUCCUGUUGGGACCUCUGUCUCCAUACACAAUUGAGUUUCUGCGACACCUCAGAAGCUUCUUCCAGAUCAUGUUUAAAAUGGAAACAAAGACCACUGAGGAAGAGCACGUGGGCGGGGAGAAAGUCUUGAUGACCUGUGUUGGCAUUGGAUUUUGCAACCUCAGUAAAACUAUAAGAUAAAAAACAUCUACAGACUCUGUGAAAGACAGAAAAUGCUGCAAAGAUCUAAUAAACCCUACCUGUCUCUGUACUUACUCUGGCGUAGGGAGACUUGUGAUGAUUCCAGUGCGAGGUUACCCAAGCUCACUGCACGUAAACAAUAAAGCUGACUUCAGACUA